AUGGAAGUUGUCAGAAACAGUAUGCCGAUUCCAUUCAAAAACGUCGACUUCAUCCGCCACGAUUUUUCCGAGGAAAACGAACCAUCUACAUCUGAGCCUCUUGUCAGUCUGGAAGAUGAAGCACCCGAGAUACCGGCAAAACGCCAAAAGUUAGAAGUCAGUUUAGCUGGAAAGGGCGCCGAACUGGAUGUGGCAUCAAUGACCUAUUUGUUGGAUACGGUCAAUCUGUAUGUGACACGAGCAAUGGAAGAGGCGGAUAAAAAAUAA